AUGGAGUCAGCCAUUGGUGUACUCGUGUCCCAGUUCAAGGCGUUUGCUGGAAGUGAUGGAUCCUCAGACACACUGAGCAGAGAUGAGUUCCAGAGCCUGGUCAAAACACAACUCCCCAACUUCGUUAAGAACGCUGAUGACCCAGCUGUCAUCGACCGACUCAUGGACUCAAUUGACGAGAACAACGACGGAGAGCUCACCUUCCUGGAGUUCUGGCAGCUGAUUGGACGACUAGCAAAUCAACACGGCGGCUUUAUCCAAUAG